ACCGAGGGUAGUCUGCAGACUCAGACCGAAGAUGGGUGUACAUAGACUGAGAAGCCUGAUGGAGAACCAUCCGCGGAUCUACCGGGACAUCCGGUUACGGAACAGCCGCCUGGUGGUCGACGGACUGAACCUGCUCUACCACCUGUACUUCAGCUCAGGUCUGGACCAGAAUCAUGGUGGGGAUUAUGCUGCGUUUGAGAACAUGAUUGAGAGGUUCGUCUCAGCUCUCAGAGUCUGUGGAGUCUCCCCCUAUGUGGUGAUGGAUGGGGGGUCAGAUCCUUCAGACAGGAAGCUGGAAACAGUAAAUAAAAGAGUUACAAACCGGAUCCAGAGAGCACAUAGGGCUGCAGUGAGCGGUCAGCAGCUGGACAUCCUGCCACAACUGGCCAAACUGGUGUUCAAGCAGACGCUGGCCCGGCUGGAGGUCCCACUGGCCCAGUGCUACGCAGAGGCUGACCAUGAGAUAGCAGCCCUGGCCGCUGAGUGGCAGUGUCCUGUCCUGUCCAAUGACAGUGACUUCUACGUCUUCGAGCUGCAGGGGGGGUUCCUGCCCAUCUCUCUUUUCCGGUGGGAGGAGGUGAAGCAGACGGGCUCACACCAGUACAUCCCCUGUAAGAGGUACAACACCUCCAGCUUCUGCAUCUUCUUCAACAUCCAGCCCCAGCUGCUGCCCGCCUUCGCCGCUCUGGCAGGGAACGACUAUGUGGACCUGCGGAAGACAGACUCCACCAGGAAGUGGGCUCAGGUGGCCUCUGACCUGGAGGGGCUGCUCCACUGGUUAAAGGGCUUCCAACAGCCUCAGGAUGCAUUUGAGGCGGCGGUGGGGAUGAUGGGAGAUAUGAACCAGAAGAAGAAAGGAGAGCUACUGCAGGGUUUGUUUGUAGGAAUGGAGGACUACAAGAUCCAUCCCAGCUCCCUGAAGAAGUUCUUCAUCCAUGGGAUUGCACCCCCGUUCAUACCAGGCAAAGAAGAGGUGGUUCCAAUCCCGGACUGGAUCCGGCUGCCUCUGAUCCAGGCCAAGCUGAGCCCAAACAUCCUGGACGUUCUGGUUUUGGGGAGGAUGAGCCUCAGCACCACUGUGGACCACAAGGACAAGCCCAGUGCUGUGCUGGUCUCCAGGCCCAUCCGUCAGGUCAUGUAUGCUCUGCUGCUGGGAAUCCGAUGCCCACGGGGGGUCGAGGAGAGGGACCGGGUUGGCCUUGAGCUCAAGGUCACCUCCGUCCAACCAGCCUUCAGAGGAGUCAAACCACAGCUGAACCUCAAUUCCCUCCACAAGGCAGAGUCCUCUCAGUGUCUCCAGGUUUUACUGGAGACCCUGGGCGUCCCUCAGGACUGUCUGGGCAGACUGCCGUCUGACCUGCGCCUCCAAGUGGCCGCCACAUGCUAUUGGCUGAAGAAGGCCACGCCCCCACCUGACCUGAGGGUGCUGAAGGCUCUGCUGCUGUGGUGGAGCAACGAAGACUCAACGAGACAACGAAUAGCUGCUCAGAAUCAACACUAUAAUCAUAAAUUGGACAUGGACGUGUCUCACUCAUUGAACCAGUGGCAGGCCUGUCUGAAGGACAGCCUCCGCCUGAACCAGCUGCUGGGACGGCCUUUACCUGAACCACAGACCUCCAGGUUAUACGAGGGGACCAUAGUUCAUCACAUCAUCUGGAGGAUGAAGUCUGGAUUAAAACUGAAAAAACUUGAUCCUCCCAGUGUGAGGCGCUACCGCUCCCUGCUGGCUGCCACACGUCGGUUUUCUAUUCCUGAACCAGCAACUCCCUCAGAUACCCAGCAAAAGGCGACAGCAUCUCCACAGCAACAGAAACAGCAACAGCCUCUGACUGACCUGACAACCAGCUUGAAGCAGCUCUUCCUCCUUUACGAUGAUGAUGAUGAGGAGGUUGAGACAGAAGCACACAGUGGCAUCAGAGGAGAGCGAGACGCACUUCUAGACGACUUAGUAUCGGUCAGAACUCGCUAUAAAACGAAAGAGAGAAACAAACACUGUAACAGCACAGAACUGGUCCACAAACAAUGCAAGGGUAUCUUGUAGGGAGCAUCCAGGAGGAGUCCAGGAGGAGUCCAGGAGGAGUCCAGGAGGAGUCCAGCUCCAGUCAGAAGUCUGGGCCUGGGGUCUCAUAAGAGUUAACAAUUACUCAUUUUAUGUCACUAUGGAAAAAUUGCAAUAUACAAUCAUGUCAAAGUUCAAGUCAAAUCAAAGUUAAUUUCUAUAGCACUUUACAACAACAUAACGAAGCCCAAAGUGCUUUACAUCUAAAAGCAUGAUUAAAUUAUAACAUUAAAAAAACAGGUUAAUCAAGUACCAUAAAUAUGCAUAAAACAAUAAGACACAACACACAUUGAUAAAAGAGACCACAGAUUCAAACCUAGUAGUGUCUCAGUGCUAAGGGCUGUCAGGACAGUUUACAAAGUAAGGCCAAAACCUUAUAGUAUUAUCCAAAGAAAAACCCAGUAUAUCCAACAAGAGCAAGUACCUGGAGACAGCAGGGAGGAGAAAGGCCUGUCCAUCACAUUUGUCUAGUCUGAAGGUUAUUUACCUCAAAGUACUGGGAUGAGUGGAAAGAGGAGAGAAAAAAACAGAGGAAAAGCAUCAAACAACGUCGUGAAACACAGUAAAAACAGUUUAAUGAUAAACAGACCCUGAGCAGAAGAAGAGCCAUUUAUCAGCACCAAACACUGGAACUCAAAUAUAAAUAGAUUUAAUAAUAACAGAAAUAUAAACAGACUUUGCUGAUUUUGACAGGCGCUUAUAAAGGUGUUAAGCCUUGGUGACACAAACUAGAGACGGACUGAUUAAUCAAUUAGGAUGAGUUUACACAACAAAUAGUAUGUUUUAAGCAUCAGUACUGGCAAAAGUUGGCACCAGUAGGAUUCUUUACCAUUAGGAGAUAUGUUUUCUCUGAACAUAGUUAUUGCGUUGAAACAUAACACACACAUGACAGUAUCUAUCAGUAGGAUCAGUUUCUGAGCGAUCUAUGAGAUGACCUAGAACUCGGAACAUAUUUUUAUUUCAUUUUGAAUGAAAUAUUGCACAAUAUUUAAUGGUUGUUCCUGACCUCAGCUGUGGUAGUGAAACAAGAUCCACUGCACCACAAUUAUCUGAACAAUAACCGACGACAAAAACAUGAAUCUAUAAUGGAGGAAGUUUUAAGGGUCAGUGCAUUAUUGUAACACAUAUGUUUUAUAACAUGUGCACAGGUAUAUGUUUAUAUUUAUUUCCUCUCAGCAUUGUGGAAGUAUUGAAUGACUUUGAUGUGACUUAAGAUGAUGUCUGUAAUCUAAGGGUUUUAUCACUUUGACUAAGAUGUUCAGUUUAUCCUCUUUCUAAAGCUCAUUUGUAUCAGACAUGCAUAAUGAGUUUUCAGUGUCAAUAUUUUGGGGGUUGAUAUCAGCUGAUCAGUUACACAGUUUCAUCCAGCUGUUUAAUGGAGAUAAUUAUCACCAUUAUACUAAAUAACAGCUUCAAGCUAAAAAAAUUGUCAUCAUAUAAUAAUUGUGACAGACUGACCUUUAAUUAAUUUGUUGGAAUAAUUUGUCCAAACAUAUUUAUAACAUAAAAAUAUUUUUGUUUUCUCCACAUUUUAACUUGACAUAGUGUUAAAUGCACAAUUUGUCUUUGUCUCAGAGUCUUUAUGGAUUGUAAAUGUAUAGAUAUGACCCUCAUUUUAUUUAACUUGUUAAAUUGUUUAUCCUCUGUAUGUUCUUUGUGUGUUUAUUAAUUGCUUAUCAUUUAACUUAAAUUGUGAUGCCUUAUAUUGUAAAUUUGUAUCGGUGCAAAAUGUUGGGAAUGGAUUUUGUUUGUUCAAAUGUUGCUUUUUGGGUAUUUUAUGAUUAAGAUAAGUAAAUAGAUUUUUGUAUGACCUAAAAAAAAUAAA